UCACUUCCUGUUAAUAUUCACAACAGAGCCGAUACACAUAAGCUAAUUAGUUUUAGCAGCGUUUGGUCAAUAAAUGUUAACGUAGCAUAAAUCCUUAGGAAGAAUAAUGAUUCCUUACACUGUCAACAUCAAACUCGCGGCUCGGACGUUAACUGGCACUCUCAAUUUGCAGAAUAAAACCGCUGUGGAUUGGGGCUGGCAGGGGCUCAUAGCUCAGGGAUGUCACUCCAGUAUUCUUGUAAUCGAUCCUAAGACCGCCCAGACCAUCCAGGUGCUCGAGAGACACAAGGCAAAUGUGGUCAAGGUGAAAUGGUCCAGGGAAAAUUACUUCCACAACCUGAGCUCACCCUACUGUCUGCGGUUGGCCUCAGGAGAUGCCUCGGGCAAGAUCAUAGUGUGGGAUGUGGUCAGUGGCACUGCCCACUGUGAGAUACAAGAGCACUCGAAACCUAUCCAGGACUUGGAGUGGUUGUGGAAUCAGGAUGCAUCUCGUGAUCUCUUGUUAGCCAUCCAUCCUCCCAACUACAUCGUUCUGUGGAAUGGAGACACGGGCACCAAGCUGUGGAAGAAGAGCUAUGCGGAGAACAUCCUCUCUUUCUCUUUUGACCCUUUUGACCCCUCUAACAUGGCAUUGCUGACUAGUGAAGGGAUAGUCUUUAUCACAGACUUUACUCACUCCAAACCACCAGGCAGCGCUGGCAAAAAGGUCUACAUUGCCAGUCCUCAUGCAAGCCCGGCGCAUACCAAACCUGCACCUGCAGCUCCUCCAGCCCCUACUGGUGCCAAGAAGGCCCUUAACAAGGUCAAAGUGCUCAUCACCAAUGAAAAGCCCACUGCAGAGGCAGUGACACUGAACGACUGCCUGCAGCUAUCCUACCUGCCUUCGAAGAGAAACCACAUGCUGCUGCUUUAUCCCAGAGAAAUUUUGAUCCUGGACCUGGAGCUCAGUCAGACGGUGGGUGUGGUGGCCAUUGAGCGCUCCGGGGUCCCCUUCAUUCAGGUGAUUCCUUGUGCUCAGAGAGAUGCCCUCUACUGCCUCCAUGAGAAUGGUUGUAUCACACUCCGAGUUUGUCGCUCCACGGUUUCCACAGAGGAAGCGGCCGACCCAGAACAGAGUGUCCAGGAGCUUGUGUACGACCUGCGCUCUCAGUGUGAUGCCAUCCGAGUAACCAAGACUGUCCGACCGUAUCGCAUGGUUAUUUGCCCUGUCAACGAAAACAAGGCUGCACUCAUGGUCAGCGACGGCAGAGUCAUGCUGUGGGAGCUCAGAGCCCACACUGGCAAGGCUGCUACCAAUCCUAGUUCGGGUCUGUCACCGCUCUACUCCCCUGUGUCAUUUUGUGGAGCUCCACUGGGUCCAAACCAGAAAAAGAUCCAGGAUCUGUCUCUUAACAGCAUGAUUGGUCAGACCUUGAUAGCAGGUGAAACUCCUCCUACGUCAUCCAACCAGCAAGAAGUCCAGCUGAAGUUCCUGCUAACUGGCUUGUUGUCUGGUCUGCCGCUGCCACCAUUUGCCAUUCGCAUGUGUCCACCUCUUACCAAAAAUAUCAACCAUUAUCAACCCCUUCUGGCUGUAGGCACCAGCAGCGGUUCUGUGCUGGUCUAUAACUUAACGAGUGGACUUCUCCAGAAAGAACUCAGUGUUCACUCUUGUGAAGUCAGGGGGAUAGAAUGGGUGAGUCUUACCAGUUUCCUAUCUUUUGCUACUUCUGCACCCAACAACAUGGGGCUGGUGCGAAAUGAACUGCAGCAUGUCGACCUGCCUACUGGCAGAUGCUUUGCAUUCAGAGGCGAGCGUGGAAAUGAUGAGCCUCCCAUUGAGAUGAAAGUGUCUCAUCUCAAGCAGUACCUAGUGGUGGUGUUCAGAGACAAACCCUUGGAGCUAUGGGACAUUCGGACUGGGACUCUUCUCCGGGAGAUGGCUAAGAACUUCCCCACUGUUACUGCACUGGAGUGGUCCCCAUCCCACAAUCUUAAGAGUCUAAAGAAGAAGCAGAUGGCUGCGAGGGAGGCCAUGGCUCGGCAGACUGUGUCAGAUGCUGAGCAGAGCAGUGUUGAGUCCUCAGUCAUCAGUCUCCUGCAGGAUGCUGAGAGCAAGUCAGAGACGAGCCAGGCCAUCUCAGCCAGGGAGCAUUUUGUAUUCACUGACACAGACGGGCAGGUGUACCACAUCACUGUGGAGGGCAACACAGUCAAAGAUGGUGCACGAAUUCCACCUGAUGGGAGUAUGGGCAGUAUAGCCUGCAUUGCCUGGAAAGGUGACACCCUGGUGCUUGGAGAUGUGGAUGGCAAUCUCAACUUCUGGGACCUCAAAGCUCGUUUGUCGAGAGGGAUACCAACACAUCGUGGCUGGGUGAAGAAGAUUCGCUUCGCUCCGGGGAAGGGCAACCAAAAACUGCUGGUCAUGUACACAGAUGGAGCAGAGGUCUGGGACACCAAAGAGGUUCAAAUGGUGAGCAGCAUGCGCAUUGGUCGCAAUGUGAACUACCGCAUCUUAGACAUCGACUGGUGCACAUCAGACAAGGUUGUGCUGGCGUCGGACGAUGGCUGUAUCCGAGUGUUGGAAAUGGCCAAAUCUGCCAGCUAUCGCAUGGAUGAGCAAGACCUGACAGAUCCAGUGUGGUGCCCUUGCUUGUUGGUGCCCCGAGCUGCCCUCACUCUAAAGGUUUUUCUUCUGCUGCAGCCUUGGUCAGGAACCUUUACCAUGGAUAUCACUCAAGUAGACUACACGGAGAAAGCUGAUAAAGGCCUUAUCCAGGAGCAGCUCAACUCAUUAUCAAAUGAUAUGAAGAGUGUGCUGCAGGACCCGGAGCUCAGUCUUCUGCAGCGCUGCCUCCUGGUCUCACGGCUGUUCGGGGAUGAGUCAGACCUUCACUUCUGGACAGUGCGUCCCACUACAUCCAGGUCGUUUGCACAGGCCCGUCAGCUGACCGUGUCCACUUCAGAUGGUCAGGCCCAAAACGAGGGAGCCCAGCCAUCACCUCAGAGCCACCUGGACAUCUGCCACGAUGUCUUGUGUGAGAGCUCUUACUUCCAGAAGUUCCAGUUGGAUCGAGUUCACCUGCAGGAAGUAAAACGCUCCAGUUAUGAACACACUAAGAAAUGUGCCGACCAGCUCCUCCUUCUGGGUCAGACGGACCGGGCAGUGCAAUUACUGUUGGAGACGAGUGCAGACAACCCCAGCUACUACUGUGAUUCACUCAAGGCCUGCCUAGUGACCACCAUCACCUCCUCAGGCCCCUCACAGUCUACAAUCAAACUAGUGGCCACCAAUAUGAUAGCUAAUGGCAAGCUUGCAGAGGGAGUUCAGCUGUUGUGCUUGAUUGACAAGGCAGCAGAUGCUUGCCGCUACUUGCAGACCUACGGGGAGUGGAACCGAGCCGCAUGGCUGGCUAAGGUGCGUCUGAAUCCGUCAGAGAGCUCAGAUGUGCUGAAGCGCUGGGCAGAACACCUGUGCUCCCCACAGGUCAACCAGAAAUCCAAAGCCAUUCUGGUGCUGCUUUCCUUGGGCUGCUUUUACAAAGUAGGAGAGAUGCUUCACAGUAUGAGACACUUUGAUCGUGCCGCCCUCUUCAUCGAAGCCUGUCUGAAGUAUGGGGUGAUGGAGGCCAAUGACUCGUCCAAUAAACUUAUCGAGGCUGCGUUUUUGGACUAUGCGCGGCUGCUGCGCACGCUGGGCCUGCGGGAGGGCGCUGCUCUGUGGGCAUCGCGAGCUGGCAGCGCCGGGGAGCAGCUGAUGGAGGAGCUUUUUCAAGGAGAGGGAGGUAUAGCAGAAGCCAUUCUUGGCGAAGAGGUCGAGCUGGGCCAGGAGAGCAAGGAAUGACCGUGAAGAUGGGAGAUUCGGAAGACGAUGGAUGGCCUGCUGUUUGGUGUUCAUCACGAGUUAGCCAUUCAGUCUAACCUCAGUAACCCAGCAGGCAUCCAGGAGAGUCGUGAUCAUCAUCUCCACAUCAGUAUGAGGGGUUUACUCUGUCAUUCAGUCAGUGGGUUUGCUCUUGUCUGUGACUGUAAUGAGACUGGGAUUUCUUGGUGUUUGGUGAGACCAGUGUGUCUGUGCUGUGUCAGUGUGUGCGUAUCAACCCUGAAAGAAACAAUUUCCUUGUUGAACUUUUCCCCCCAAAAAAUCAGUGUGUGUUUUGGUUGAUUAAUGAAUUCAGAUGAUUUGGUUUUUUGUUUUUUGUUUUUUUAUUUACUUGUUAAGCCUUAUUUUGUGUGCCUGUAUUAAUUCCCAGGAACUGUUGUAGCGCCACAGGUUCAAUUUGCCUUUAUUUCUGCUGAAAUUAAGAGUGGCAGAAUUUAUUUAUUCCCAAGUAAAGGUUCUCUGUUCCCAUUUGAAAAUGCACUUCAUUUAAAAAUGUCACUACUGACAAGUUCAUUUUCAAAUGACAUGGCAAAUUAAAUUUCUUUUUUAAUUUAAUAUCUUUUUUUUUUUUUUUUUUUUUUUGCAUUCACUGUAACCAAAAUGCUGCAUAACUUGUUUGAGAACUGCUUGACCAUCUCUGAGCCAUGCAGUAAUAUUGCAGUAGACGGACACACAGCAUACUGGAGGCUUUCUGCAGCAGGUGGUGUUUUAUAAGUAAUUGACCAAAGCCUGCUGCUGCACACGCCUCUGCAGCUGUAAUAGUUGGAUGGCAGUAAAAUUGCACAGCCAGCCCAUACUGCACUUAUUAGACACUUAUUAAUAUAUUAUCUCCCUUGAUGCCAAGGAGAGGGGAGUCUGACCGCUGCCACCUGAGGGAUUAAGCACCAUUUAAUUAGAGCAUGCAGAGAGUUCUGUUCAGUCAGACGCACAGUGGUUGUUUGUUAAUCCAUUCCAAUAAUCCAAAUAGAUUUUUUUUUUAAUUUUUCUAUUUUUACUGAGGAUCGAGAGAAUGCUUUGCAAUGUGUACUUUGAUGUUUGUAUAAUGAAGUUGUUCUCUGUGUGUGUGUCACAAGAAGAGCUGUCAAAACGUGUCAGACCCCCGAUGGAUCAUAUAGUCUGUGCUGCUUCUACUGUUGCUCAUCACAAUCACAGAACUUGACACACUGACUUAGAGGCUGCCACCUUUCCUUUGCUUUGCUUUUGCCUUGUUACAUGGUGAAUCCUCCCGAUCACUUUAAAAAAAAAAAAAAGCGUGUACGACAAUGCAAGUCCUUCAGUGGUUGCGUGGUUAAUUGCUUUGUCACGUUCAGCAACUUCAUUCCCGGGACGUUGUAGUGCGUUACUGUGCUUCACAAACACGUCAGUGCUGUUUUUCUUCUGUGUUACAGUAAACCCCGGGCUGUGUCACUAUGGCAACCCAGCCCUAUUUUCGGGGGCUACAUGUUGUUCCCGUAUAUCCAUUUCACGUGGCACCCAAUAACACACUGUAGGAUCCCACAGAGUCACACAAUCCAACUGAGGACGUGUUGUAGUUGACCUGAAGCUGUGUAUCAUCUUCCAAUCAUAACUGUAUUGUGGAAGCAACAUGUACUGUACUGCCUCUUUGUGAUUGGGCACUAGUUUGAUUAACACGUGCUGCUUUUCUUUAUAUGUAGAUGAACUUGAUUAAAUGAUUCAGGCAUGUAGACAGGAGACAACAUGCCUUUAGCAGGAUGUUUUGUAAGAAAUUAUUGUAAUGGUGUCAAUGUUUAGUGCUUUUUUUCCUCCCAUUGUUCUUUGUUUGUUGUUUGCACAGUGACCCUAAUGCUUUAAGCUGUAUAAAUAUUGCAAGAGAAAGGAGCUAUAUGUAUAUAUGGAUGGCAAUAAAGUCAGUAACUUCA